GGGAGGUGGCGGCAGGAAGAUGGCAGCGGCCGGAGGCACCGCGGGGCGCUCGGUGGCCGCCGCUCUCGCCCGGCUCCCCUGCUCGGCAUGGCUGCUCGCCGCCGCCCUCACCGCCGUCAGAGUAUCAGCAGUUGAGGUCAACACACCGGAGGAGAUAUUUGUGGAGAACGGGACAGACGCAAAGCUUCCAUGCACAUUUACAUCCGUGGAAGUGAUCAGCAGCGCAGCAUCUGUUUCUUGGAGUUUUCAACCAGAGGGAGCUGCAACUCGUAUCUCAUUUUUCUAUUACUUUAAUGGAAAGCCAUACCCUGGAAAGGACAUUCCAUUUAAAGACAGGAUCACUUGGGCUGGAGAUCUUAACAAGAAAGAUGCUUCUAUCAGUAUAUCAAACAUGCAGUUCCGGGACAACGGCACUUACAUUUGCGAUGUCAAGAACCCACCUGACAUUGUUGUCAAACCAGGAGAAAUCCGAGUUAGAGUUGUGGAGAAAGACAGCCUGCCUGCGUUCCCCAUUGCCAUGGUGGCAGGGAUAGUCAUCGGUACGGUUACAGGUCUCUCACCGCUCAUCUCUAUUGUCGUGUGUCUUGUCAUCAGAAAGAACAACUCUAAAAAACGAUACUCUGGCUGCGGUACAUCUGAGAGCUUGAUGUCACCGGUUAAGCAGGCUCCACAGAAGUCGCCCUCCGACACAGAGGGUCUGGUAAACACCGUGCCCGCCAGAUCACACCAGGGCCCAGUCAUUUACGCGCAGUUAGAUCACUCCGGAGGGCAGCACAGUGACAAGAUUAACAAGUCAGAGUCUGUGGUCUAUGCUGACAUCCGGAAGAACUGAGAUGAGAUCCUAAGCUGUCCAAAGGAAAACACCCAUUCAGACUGGAAUUGUUUGAACAGGAUUUGACCCUGAGAACUCACAUGUGGCCUUUGAUGCCUAGGCUAGGACCAAUGCAUGUGCAUACAGAGGGAAAGAUAUAUAUGUAUUGUGUGUAAAUAGUCUAUUUAAUCGUACAGACGUGAGACCGAUGUUGCAUGUUAAAAUGCGGUAAGAAUUUUGCUUAUAAAUUGCCAAUACUCUUUUUUUGUAUCUUGUGUGACGAGAGAGAAAGUGAAAACUCGCAUCACAAUUUUAAAAUAUUUUUAUCUUGAUUAUUAAUGGAGAAACUGGAAGAUGCCUGAAGAUUCAAGAUUGACCUGGAAAUUCUUUUUUUGCUUAUAGAGCCCAAUUUUUUGUUGAGGUGAAUAUAAAGAAGAUAUCUUCUUUACAUUCACAGAGUUCUUUAUGUUUACAGGGUAUUCAUCUUUCUUGGGUCAGAUUCUCAGUACAAGCUGCCUUAUAUGUACUAGACACUCUCACUUGGUCUUGGAAGCCAAACAGUGACUCCUAGCUAUCAGAAACGCAUGUCUUAGCAGUGUAAGUGAAGGAAAUGUUUAGGCAUACCUGACCUGUGUAACACAGGUCACAGGACUGUUUACUUCUAUAUUGAGCCCAUCUAUUCAAGCAUAGUCCUUUGAGAUACAGGGAUAGUGUUGAUCUAAUGAAUCUUGUGAAAUGGUUGUUUACCUGUGAAAACUUAAGAGCUAAUGAGUUAAAGGGAUAGGAAACUAUAGCUGUAGGUUGUUGCCUCAAACUCUGUUGACCUUUUUAAAUGAAAUGUUUCUUCCACAAAGCUCUGUUAUUUCAUAUGAACACGAAAAAGGGUCCCAAGGGAUAUGGAAACUGUUCUACUCCCUCACCCCUCUUCCCUGGCUCCAUUAUGCCACUGCCACUUCCUUCAAGGUGCUUUGUCUGUUGUUAAAAGCCCAUAGUGGAAGCUGAAUGACCUCCAGAGGAAAUCUGGGGCUUCACUAUUUGCUUUUUUUGGUGUGUGGGUGGUUUUGGGGCUUUUUUUUGUGUUUAACUUAUAUUUGCACAGAGGAUGUGAAGGGCAGUUUAUUUCCCUCCUCUCUGCAAGUCUACUACUUGAAUUUAAUUUCACAGCUUCUUCUUUCUGGAUUAAACUCUUCAUAGAUAUUUUAAGCAGCUCUGAUUGUUCUCUUCUGCUGAAGAUCUUCCUUUAGCUGAGCCAUUUGUAUACAGAAAUAUGGUGCUCAAAAUGAGAAGUGGCAUUCCAGCUGAGGUCUUCUCAGAGUAGCAUAUAGCAGAAGGGUUUCCCUUUUGGACAUCCUAAAGUGGUGCUGGCAUUUUUUGUAGCAACAAAUGGUUUUCAUUUUGGUCUGUCCCUUCUCUCUUGAUUCUUACAUAUUUUGUAGUUCAGUCUUUUUCACAGAAGCAGCCACAGGAUGGCUGAGGUUGGAAGGAACUUCUGGAGAUCAUACUGUCCAAACCCCUUUCUCAAGUAGAAUCAGCUGGAGCAGGUUGCCCAGAACAAUGGUCAGUUGGGUUUUGAGUAUCUCCACAGAUGGAAACUGCAAUAUUUCUGGAAUACCUGUUCCACAUCACUCCAGGUGAUCAAACAGUAAAAAAAGUGUUUCCUUGUGUUCUGGUGGACUUUCCUGUUUUUUAAAUUUCUGCCCAUGGCCUCCUGUCCCGCCAGUUAGCAAUACUGAAUAUUGCUCUUCAUUCCCCCCUACUGAGUGUUUAUACACAUUGAUGACAUCCUCCUCUAAGCCUUCUCUUUUUCAGGCUUAACAAUCCCAGCUCUUCAGUCUUUCCUCAUAUGAAAGAUGCCCCAGUUCUUUUAUCAUCAUUAUGGCAUGCACUGGACUUGAUCCACUAAGUCCAUGUCUCUCUUGUACUGAAGAGCCCAGAACUGGCCACAGGUGUGGCCUCACCAGUGCUGAAAAAGGGGGAAGGAUCACUUCCCUUGACCUGCUGGCAAUACUUUGCUUAAUGCAGCCCAGGAUACUAUUUGCUGCCUUUGCAGCAGGGCCACACUGCUGGCUCAUGUUCUACCUGGUGUCCAUCAGGACCCCCACAGAGCUUUUUCUGCAAAUCUGCUUUCCAGCCAGGUGGUGCCCAGCAUGUACCGGUGCACGAGGUUGGUUCUUCUCAGGUGCAGGACUUUGCAUUUCUCUUUUUUUAACUUCAUGAAUUUCAUCCUAGCCCAGUUCUCCAGCUUGCCCAGGUCCCUCUGAAUUGCAAUACAACCAUCUGGUGUGCCAGCAACUCCCCCUGGUUUUGCAUUGUCUUUUUUUUUUUUUUCCAGAUCUGAUCUUCAAUUUGUCAGCUGAAAACUUGGUUUGAAUUAUCCUGUCUUCCAGUGACCUUGCAACACUCUUAGCUAGAUAUUUGCAAACUUAAGCCUACAUAAGCCAACAUCAUAUCAUGAAAAAUAACUUUAGGUCCAUGGCAGACCCUUUCAGAACCACAUCAGAUAAUCCUUUAGUUAUGACAGCACAACUUUAAUAACUGUUUUGUGUACAGUGGUUUUGUCCCCAACAAAGCUGGAUAUGCCAACUCUUUAUUCUUUAAUCAGGAUCAGACUUCCCUGGUUUCCUGACAACACCUCCCUUCAUUAGAAGCCUGAUUAAGAUCGGGAUGAAUCCUGAUGCUGCUGCUUUCCUUUUCUACCAGGCUGUUACUUCCCAACACUUGUUUUGCACUUACUAAGAAACAAAUGCUUCUGACAUGGUUGACAGAGAAACUUGGUUUUGAUCCGCCUGUAUUCAGCCCUGUGCAUCACAUCUUUCUCACCAGACAUUUUAGAGUAAGAGGGAGAAAUGCGAUGAAUGUACUGAUCAAAAACUUGCUGCUAUGAGAAGAUAGGGCUGUCUUUGGCUCUGAAGUCUGCUAUUGUUUCUUUUCUUGCUGGAAUAUACUGGAGAAUCCAAGCUGAACUGGUGCUGACUUUAAGAAACAUACUCCUCUGGUGCUGACUAAGAGACACACUUAUCUAAAUGGUGCUAACAUUAGGAAACACUCUGAUCUGGCUGGUGCUAACUAUAGGAAAUUUCUCCUUCCAUUGCUUUAGCUUAACUACAGGUAUGUUCAUAUUGCCUAUUCUGAGGAAGCUUGUUGCAAGGCUGCUUGAAUCUGCUUUGUAAAGGCAGAAUGAACUUGGAAGCUGUUUUGUUUUGUUUUGUUUUGUUUUUAAAUGCUGAAAAAAGUCCCCUUACAGGAAUAGCAGACAUCGGCCUGAAUCCCUUUCUAGCAUGAGGGCUGUUGAGUUCUCUUUUUUUUUCCCCCCCCCUUAUUGUAACAUGAACAAUGUAGCUGUAAGGUAACUUAAUCAGGCUGAAGUCAAAAUAACUGGGGCCAAUGUGAAACAACACUUGUGAACUUUCAGUCCUUCAGGUUAUCUUAGUUUAUUUAACCAUAUGAUAACCUGUGCUGAUGAAAGGGACUGAUGAUAAGUUGGCUUUGGAGUAAAGUCUCAGGAGACAGAGGACUUCUACUUCCUUGGUGGAUAGCAGGCAGAGAUUAGUCAGACAAGGUCAUAUCAGGAUGUUACGGUGACCAGAAGUUUAACUCUGCUCUACUGCUAUUCUUUUAUUUAUCUGAUGCUGUUUUCUGCAGCUGGAAGGAACAACUUGGAAUUUGAAGAACACUAAGUCUGUUGUCCUCAUCCUGUUGUAAUACUGCUAGCUCUUUUUUAGGCCUAUGUAUUUUAAAAGAAGUACUUUAUGGCAGACUUGCUGCAGCAUAGCUGAAGGGCAAACAGCCUUUCUUGAGGCAGUAGUGAAUCACAGAAUCAUAGACUCAAUAAGGUUGGAAAAGACCUUCAAGAUCAUAGUUUUCCAACCACUACAACUACUAAACCAUAUCUUGAAGCACCACAUCUUAACACCUCUUGAACGCCUCCAGGUAUGGUGACUCCACCACUUCCCUGGGCAGCCCAUUCCAGUGCCUCACCACUCUUUCAGUAAAUACAUUUUUCCUAAUAUCUAACCUACACCUUCCCUGGUACAAGUUAAACCCAUUUCCUCUUGUCCUAUUGCUAGUUACUUGGGAGAAGAGACCAAUAGCAGCCUCUGUACAACUUCCCUUCAGGUAGCUGUAGAGAGCAAUAAGAUCUCCUCUGAGCUUUCUCUUCUUCAGACUAAAUAACCCCAGUUCCCUCAGUCACUCCUUCUAUGUCAUGCUCUCCAAACUCCUCACCAGCCUUGUAGCUCUUCUCUGGACAAGCUCCAGGACCUCAAUGUCUUUCUUAUCCUCUGGUGCCCAGAACACAAUACUCAAGCUGUGGCCUCAGCAGGGAUGAGUACAGGGGCAUGAUCCCUUCCUGAUGGUGUUGUUAUAGGCCAGGAUGUGCCACUGGCCUUCUUGGCCACCUGGGCACACUUCUGACUCACGUUGAGCUGGUGGCCAUCCACCAGUACUACCAGAUCCUUCUCCACCAGGCUGCUUUCCAGCCACUUUUCCUCAAGUCUGUGGCAUUGCUUGGGGUUAUUGCGACCAAAGUGCAGGACUUAGCACUUGCUCUUGUUAAACCUCAUACCAGUGACCUCAGCCCACUGAUCUAAUCU